CUCUCUCCCAGGGUACACACGCUUUAUAUUCACUUCUCUUUUUCGUGCGCUGCGAACCAGUCGCGCUUGUUUUGUGUGCAAUAUGGGAAAACAUAAAAGAAAAAACGAGGAAGACUUCAAACAACUUAAGAAGCGUCUCAAGAUUUUAGAAGGUCAGGUGAAAAAGAGGAAACGAGUUCUAGUUAUGGCCUCCGAUUCAUCAGAUCAAGAGGAUUCUGUUCAUGAUCAUGGGGAAAAUUUCCAUACGGAAUUAAUUUCGAAUGAUCAAGAAAACGUUGAUCCUCAAUUAUUAUCUCUACUGGGAGAAAAAUCUUGCACAAUUUCGGAUGUCGGUGAGGCGAUUCACCCCGAAUUGGUUCAAAGAUGGGAAGACCUUAUAAAAUCUGGAUUAAACGAAGAGUAAUUAACGACCUG